AUGGCUCGCUUCACCAACGGUGUAUUUUCAUUAAUAAACUCGUUGAUCAUGAUCUUAGGGCUUGUCUCCAUCGGUGCUUCUGUUUAUCUACGGCUGCAUCACUCUUCCUCCUUGUGCCAGAAAGCCCUACAACUCCCUUUAUUCAUACUAGGUGCUUCUUUGUUUGUUGUGUCAUUGCUGGGGCUAAUUGGAUCGUGCUGUGAGAAAACUAUUUGGAUCAAGAUCUACUCUUUCUUCAACUUUUUGUUGAUUGUGGGCCUCUUAUGCUUCACCAUUUUUGCAUUCCUUGUCACAAACAAGGGUGCAGGCAAGGCUUUGUCAGGGAUGGGGUACAAGGAGUACAGGCUUGGGGAUUACUCGAAUUGGUUGAAAAAUCACUUUGUGAAUGCGAAUAAUUGGGAUGAGAUCAGGAGUUGUUUGAUGGAUGCUCAUGUUUGCCAGACUCUUGUUAGUACCGAUCCUCGUGUCAAUCAACAGGUUCUGGAUUUUUACAAGACCAAAUUGUCUCCAUUACAGUCUGGUUGCUGCAAGCCCCCAACAAGGUGUGGAUUCGAAUAUAAGAACGCAACAUUUUGGAUAGUACCCAAAUCCGGUGUAGCAGUGCAAGACCCUGAUUGCACCACAUGGAGCAAUGAGCAAAACAAGUUAUGCUAUGACUGCAAUUCAUGCAAGGGUGGAUUUCUUUUCAACAUUAAGAAAGAAUGGAGAAUGUUGGCCAUUGUCCUCAUCUUUAUCACCAUUUUCCUCAUCAUCUUAUACUCCCUUAGUUGUUGUGCCAUUAGCAGUAUUAAUCGAUCCCAUUCCAAAUACUCCAAAUUUGGCCCUUAA